UGAAAACUACCACAGCUCUUAUCUCCAGGGUUUUGAUUUAUAAUUGCCGGCUGAUGGAGAGAAUUGCAAAAACCCAGCUGAGCUGAACCAUUAACAGGGUAAAAUCAAGUCACACCUUUGAUAAUGCUUGACUCACUCCUCACAACUAAAUAUUGAACAACUAAUCGGUGAUAUGGAUUUUAAAUUUUGAUAUUACAGAGUGUGGGCAGUCUUUGUUCUUUGUUAGUCGGUGUUAAAUCAGGUAAAAUGUAAGAGUCUAAAAUCUUAAGCAUUACUUUGAAUUAUUCUGCUGAUUCAUCACUAUAUCAUUGGAGGAAUAUUAUUUUGCAACAUAUUUUAAGAGACCACUGACGUCCUAUCUCAGAAUCAUAGUGCUGUACAUCACUACAGGCCCUUCGACUCAACCUUUCAGAAUGAUUUUAAGGAAAAAUAGAAAAACACUAUACUUUGCUCUGAUGGCAUCAUUUUUUUUUCUGGUUUUCAAAUGGCAAAGUGGAAUAUCAGCAAAUGACAAAGAUAGUGAAUGGAAACACAUUGCUACAAUUCCUAAAGUUAGUAAUGAUGUGACUGAGACUACCCAAUGUUUACCAAAUAAAGCAUACAUCAACCAGACUGCAAAACUACCCAAGGUAUACCAGAACUUCUUGGAAUAUAAACACUGCAGGACUUUCCAAACUCUGGUGAAACCAAAGGUAUGCACUGAUGAAUUGUUCCUACUGUUAGCUAUUAAAUCUGAAGCUGCCAACAUUGACAGGCGAGUCACAAUUCGAAACACCUGGGGAAAAGCAGGAGUUAUACAUGGAGUUGAGAUCAAACUAGUGUUUCUUUUGGGCGAUUCCAAGAGGUUCCGAGGUCAGCCACUGCACCAAUUGUUGGCGUAUGAGAUCAAGCGGUUUGGUGAUAUCCUUCAAUGGGACUUUCAGGACAGCUUUUUCAACCUGACACUGAAGGAGAUUCACUUACACCGAUGGUUUGCUACAAACUGUCACUCAGCAAAGUUUGUUUUAAAGGGAGACGAUGACGUCUUUGUGAACACAUUGAACGUGUUGGAAUAUCUCAGGGGUUUUGAUCCAAACAAGGACCUUUUUGUAGGGCACAUUAUUUACAAUGCCAGACCAAAAAGGAAUAAUAAAAUUAAGUAUUUUAUCCCUGAAAUCAUGUAUAAACAGAAAACAUAUCCCGCCUACGCUGGAGGUGGGGGCUAUAUAAUGUCCAGGAAAACUGUAUUAGGUCUGCAUAAGGCAGCAGGCAAUAUUGACCUUUUCCCAAUUGAUGACGUGUUUGUUGGGAUGUGUUUGUUACAAUUGAGAAUAACUCCCAUCUCACAUAUGGGCUUUAAGACACUUGGUGUUCCUAAAGCAUUUGAAUUCCAUCCAUGUUUAUAUAAAGACCUCAUAGUGGUGCACAAACUGAAUCCAGCUGAAAUGUGGAUUAUGUGGAGUUUAGUGACCGACACAAAGUAUAAAUGCGCGAGGAUACAGGGAGAAGGGCACUAGUGAAUUUGAAC